AUGGUCAGAUGUCCGGGUCUGACCGGGAGGGCGUCUGACCCUCUUCCCCGUGUGGUGGACGUGCGGCACGUGUGUUUCGCCUCUCCACCCUGUUUGCUGGUGGCGGUGCCCGUCUUCUUGCUGCUCCCCUCGGGUCUGUUCACGGUGAGGGUGAAGCCCGAGGUGCCUUCGGAGGGGCUGACGGAGGUGGCACAGCCUGAAGCCAGUGCAGCGCACGUGCUCCCCAAGGAUGUGGCCCAGACACCCCGCAACCCUGUGUCCUGGUUGCGAAUCUUGGAGACUCUAGGCAGAGUCUCCGGUGGGACUGUGCUGCUCACGAGGAGGAGGGGAAGACUCGAGGGGCCCGUGCGGGUCGGGAAGCUGCGGUUUAGACCUCGGCCUCCGCGGGGCCCACCCGCGUCUUCACAGGCUCCCCGACCCCCUGGGUCUCACGCGCAGUGUCCCGCCCUGUCCCCUCUGCCCGCAGGGUGCACGCUCCUCUUCUACGAGAGCGACGGCAGGUCGGGCAUUGAGCCGGGCAGCGUCCCCAAGCACGCCGUGUGGGUGGAGAACGGCAUCGUGCAGGCCGUGCCCGAGCACCCCAAGAAGGACUUCGUCUUCUGCCUCAGCAACUCCCUGGGCGACGCCUUCCUCUUCCAGACCACCAGCCAGACGGAGCUGGAGAACUGGAUCACCGCCAUCCACUCGGCCUGCUCGGCCGCCGUCGCCAGGCACCACCACAAGGAGGACACGCUCCGCCUCCUCAAGUCGGAGAUCAAGAAGCUGGAGCAGAAGAUCGACAUGGACGAGAAGAUGAAGAAAAUGGGCGAGAUGCAGCUGUCCGCUGUCACCGACUCCAGGAAGAAGAAGACCAUCCUCGACCAGAUCUUCGUCUGGGAGCAGAACCUGGAGCAGUUCCAGAUGGACCUGUUCCGCUACCGCUGCUACCUGGCCAGCCUGCAGGGCGGCGAGCUGCCCAACCCCAAGCGGCUGCUCGCCUUCGCCAGCCGCCCCACCAAGGUGGCCAUGGGACGCCUGGGCAUCUUCUCCGUGUCGUCCUUCCACGCCCUGGUGAGUAGCCGGCGGCUGUGGGAGGGGCUGGGUCAGCGCGUGGAGGUGGGUCCCGCUCUUUCCCUCUCCCUGUUGCAGAUGGAGAAGGAGAUGGUCCUGCCCAUCGCCCACCAGCAGAACUCCGACUGUGACAUGUGGGUCCACGAGUAUUUCACGCCGUCCUGGUUCUGUCUGCCCGGCAACCGGUCCGCGCUGACGGUGGUGCGGCCUGGAGACUCCGCGCGGGAUACGCUGGAGGGGGUCUGCAAGAUGCACCAGCUGGACCCGGCUGCCCACUACCUGCGGCUGAGGUUCCUCCUGGAGAACACACUGCAGGUCUACGUGCCGCAGCCCGAGGAGGACGUGUACGAGCUGCUGUACCAGGAGAUCGAGAUCUGCCCCAAGGCCACGCGGAGCCUGCAGGUGGAGAAGUCGGACGCGGCCGGGGACAGCUACGGCUUCUCCCUCUCCUCCGUGGAGGAGGAUGGCGUCCGAAGGCUCUACGUGAGCAGCGUGAGGGACACGGGGCUGGCGGCCAAGAAAGGCCUGAAGGUGGGAGAUGAGAUUCUCGAGAUCAACAAUCGCGUGGCCGCCACCCUGAGCCCCGCGGCCCUCAGGGACUUCCUCUCGCAGCCCAGCCUGGGCCUCCUGGUGCGGACACGCCCCGAGCUGGAGGGGGGCGCCCUGCUGCUGGGGAGCCCGCCCCACCGUGCCGACGGCCCCUCCGAGCCCGGCCAGAGCCCCCUCGCCUUCCUCCCCGGCAGCCCAGGGCCCGGCCUGGGCGGUGCGCAGGGCAGCGGUGCGGAGCCCGCCCCUGAGGAAGCCGAGGGGCUGGACCCCGAGUCCUCGGAUGACACGGACCUCAGCAGCAAGAGCACGGAACAGGAGGCCGUGUCCUGCCGCAGUCUGCGCGAGAUGAACCCCGACCUGAACUGUCUCAUGGAGAGAUACCUGAAGCCCCUGCAGAAGGAGACCUUCCUCACCCCGGACGAGCUUGACGUGCUUUUCGGCAAUUUAACCGAAAUGGUGGAGUUUCAAGUAGAAUUCCUUAAAACUCUGGAAGAUGGAGUGAGACUCGUCCCGGAUUUGGAAAAGCUCGAGCGAGUCGAUCAGUUUAAGAAAGUGCUGUUCUCGCUGGGGGGCUCCUUCCUGUACUACGCCGACCGCUUCAAGCUGUACAGCGCCUUCUGCGCCAGCCACACGAAGGUGCCCAAGGUCCUGGUGAAAGGUAAGGCCGCGAGGGCAGGCCGGGGCCAGGGCCAGGGCCGUGGUGGGAGCGUUCGGACGGAGAGCGAAGGGUCGUCGAUGGGGCAGCCGACGUGCGACACCCCCCACCUCCCACCCCUGCCGUCGCCCCGCUCCCAGCCCACGCCUCUGUGCCGCCUCUUCACCGCCGCCCUGUCGCCCCCAGUGGCCAUCAAGACCAUGAACAAGGUGGCCAGUCACAUCAACGAGAUGCAGAAGAUCCACGAAGAGUUCGGGGCCGUGUUUGACCAGCUGAUCGCGGAGCAGACUGGCGAGAAGAAGGAGGUGGCCGACCUGAGCAUGGGGGACCUGCUGCUGCACACGACGGUGACCUGGCCCAACCCGCCCGCCUCGCUGGGCAAGUGGAAGAAGGAGCCCGAGCUGGCCGCCUUCGUCUUCAAAACGGCCGUGGUCCUCGUGUACAAAGACGGCUCCAAGCAGAAGAGGAAACUCGUCGGAUCCCACAGGCUCUCCAUCUACGAGGAGUGGGACCCCUUCCGGUUUCGGCACAUGAUCCCCACGGAGGCGCUGCAGGUCCGCGCCCUGGCCAGUGCAGAUGCCGAUGCCAGUACCGCGUGCGAGAUCGUCCACGUCAAGUCGGAGUCAGAAGGGAGGCCGGAGCGGGUGUUCCACCUGUGCUGCGGCUCCCCCAAGAGCCGCAAGGACUUCCUGAAGGCCGUGCACUCGGUCCUCCGUGACAAGCACCGGCGGCAGCUCCUCAAGGCCGAGAGCCUGCCUUCGUCCCAGCAGUACGUCCCCUUCGGAGGAAAACGCCUGUGCGCGCUGAAGGGGGCCCGGCCGGCCAUGAGCAGGGCAGGUACUGUGGGCAUGCGGGCCGCCGGGACCCCGCCACCCCCGCGCCACUGUAGAGCCGAGGGAGCUGCCAUCCUCGUCGGCGAGACGUAGUCCUGGCCGUGGGGCUGACACCGCGGUUCCCGGCGUGAGGCCCCCGCCUCGCCCAGGCUCCCUGGGGACAGCGCUGUGCGUGCCCCUCGUGCCCCCUCCGUCCCUCCUCCUGGCCGCCCAGCCUCUCACCCGCAGGCGGAGCCGAGUGCCUCUCCCGUGGAGGCCCAGCCGGCGGGGUGGGGUCCC